AUGCAGUAUCACUGGUCUGAUACUCUUGUGAAGGUACUAUGCUCGGUGUUCGGCCCGGUUGGAUUUCUGUUGAACCUUAUUCUCGCAUACCUUAUCAUCAAGUUCACACCGGGCUCUUUAAAAACUUAUUCGUGAGUAUUUUCAGUUAUUAUUAUAGUCUAACACGUUGAUUGAAGGGUAAUGCUGUUGAUCGUGAGCCUAUCCGACUCGGCGACCGCAUUCGCCGGUGCGAUGACUGCUCCGAGGUUCCAAAUGAUCUUCUUUCUACAUAUUCAUCACGUUUAUUUCAGAAUCUUCCCCACUGGAACUCAAUUCUUUGCAAUUUUCAGAGGGCCUUGCGACAUUUUCUUCAAUAGCCGAACUGCGAAAUCUCAGUUUUGCAUGUUUUGUAAGUUGUAUAUUACCAGUCUAUUAGCCUCCUCUUCCGCUUUCAGUCUAUGAUCUUCAACUUUGGCCUUUCUAUCUCAACUACAUCAUGCUGAUUGCAUCAUUUAUUUACCGCACUCUCAUAAUCACCAAGGCAUUUGACAGGCUCAACAGAGUUGCUGUUUACUCUUUUUGUUACGUCUAUACUCUGCUUCACAUUGCCUUCUUUGUGAGUUUUCUUGAACCUCGUAUUCACCAGACUUGCAAGAUUUCGGGCCGUGCAGGACGUUUCAAAGUCUCUGAAACUGCGGUAAUAUUUCUGAAAAUAGGUGUCAGGGUUGCGAUCGUUGUGAUCAACCAGUUUCGGCCCGGUCUGUAGCAAGUCUGGUGAAUACGGGUUUGUUGUUUUCAGAACUACAUCUACUACGCUUCCCUGGAGCCGAUAGAGAAGAUUGAUGAGGCGAUGGCCAAAGUUAGACCAGAAUUGCUUGGCUCCAAUUUGACGUAUUUUGGAGUUUUAGACUUGUCGUCUCCCGAACAAUCAAGUAAGCCCAUAAUUUUGGAUAUUCCUCAUGAAGCCGCGUUUGCAGUAAUGCAAGCAGUGUCCGUACUUCUCUCAUGGCCAGCUGUUAUCGUAUCACUCAGCUGCCGGUUUCUAAUCAAAAAGUUUAUUGUGAAAUUUCACCACUCAAUCGCGUCGAAAAAGCUUCAGAGAUCUGUGGCAAAUGUGAGAAAUCAAAAUGACCACGGAAUUCUAGCUCCUAUUUAGGUACUUCUCGUGCAAGCCAUUGCUCCAAUGUGGACAUGUAUUUCUGGCAUUGUCUACGUGGCAGCAAGGGCAGAGGGUGAAUGCCCCCUUUGCGAGAACUUCAUGCUUCUGCCAGUGCUCAUGUUCACUGUCAUCAAUCCGAUAUGUACGAUCAGUUUCAUCACACCUUACAAAGCGGCGGUGUACGGUUGGCUCAAGAAAGUCAAAAAUUCCGUUCGGCCGUCGAUUACUUCCUCGCCACCGAACCAAGUCCUUUUCUAA